UAUAUAAGGUUCUCAUCUUAAAACAAUCUUCUUUUUUUUUUAUAUUCUUCAUUUAUUUGAAAAAAUUAAAUAUAAAUAAAAAUACACUAUACUAUGUCUGCUACUAAACAAAGAAUUACUGUCAUUGGAUCCGGUAACUGGGGUUCUGCUAUUGCCCGUGUCUGCGCACAAAACGCCAUCAAGCACCCCGAUUUCUUUGAACGCGAAGUGCGUAUGUGGGUCUUUGAGGAAGACAUUGAUGGUAAGAAAUUGACAGAUAUCAUCAAUGAGAAGCAUGAGAAUGUGAAAUAUCUUCCUGGCAUUAAUAUUGGUGAAAACGUGGUUGCCAUUCCCGACGUCAGGGAAGCUGUCAAGGGUUCCAACAUGCUUGUGUUUGUCUUACCUCAUCAGUUUGUAUACAGAGUUUGUGAAUCUCUAAAGGAUGUAAUCCCCAAGGAGAACUGCAGAGCCAUUUCUUUAAUCAAGGGUUUGGAUUACAAGGACAACAACUUGCUUAUCUUUUCUGAGGAGAUCGAAAAGAUUUUGGGUAUUCAUUGUGCUGCUUUAAGUGGUGCUAAUAUUGCUUCUGAAGUAGCCCAGGAACAAUUUGGUGAGAGUACAAUUGCCUCUAGAGUGCCAGAGGAUGGUUUGCUUUUCCAGAGACUCUUCCACACGGAUUAUUUCGAUAUCAAUGUCAUUGCGGAUUACAGAGGUCUUCAAGUAUGUGGUGCUCUCAAGAACAUUGUCGCUCUUGGUGCUGGUAUCUGUGAUGGUCUUGAAUAUGGUAACAAUACAAAGUCUGCCAUUAUCCGUAGAGGAUUGGUUGAAAUGAGAAAGUUUGGUAAAUCCUUCUUUGGUGAUGUUCACACAGAGACCUUCUUUGAAUCUUGUGGUGUUGCAGAUCUUAUCACUACUUGUGCUGGUGGUCGUAACAGAAAGGUUGCUGCUGCUUUUAUUAAAUCAGGUAGACCUAUUGAAGAGAUUGAAAAGGAGAUGUUGAACGGUCAAAAGCUUCAAGGUACAACUACAUCACAAGAAGUGAACCAUUUCUUAUCUGCAAGAAACAUGACAAAAGAUUUCCCUCUCAUGACUGCCAUUUACAAGGUCAUGUAUGAAAAUGCUCCUCCUGAGAGUAUUGCUCUUGAUCUCCGUACACACAAGUUCAAGGAUUAAAAAAUUCAUCGUUAUCUAUUUCAUCAUUCCCUACCCGCCAUCUUCUCUCUCUUUUUUUUUUCUUCAUUUAAAUAAUAACGCCCUCAUAAUAAAAUACAAAUUAACUGU